AUGUUGGCUUUUCUUAUAAAAAAUGUGAUAAAAGGCGGAUUUUUUUCACAUUUUAAUUUUCUAAGAUCAGCAAAGUCCAUUGCCGUUUGGAAUAAUGUUAUAUUUCUAGAUGAGACGUGGCUAAACGCUAAUCAUACAGUUGGCAAGAUAUGGACAGACGACACUCCUCACUCCUCCACAAAAGUACCUAGUGGCAAAGGCGAACGCUUAAUUAUUUGUCAUGCGGGUUCCAUGAAGAGAUUUGUUCCGAACUGCCUCUUGGCGUUUAAAUCUAAGAAAACUGUGGAAUACCACGAAGAGAUGAAUUUUGUUAAAUUUAAGGAAUGGUUUUGUACCUUAUUGACCAACUUAAAUGAGCCAUCGACGAUCAUUAUGGAUAAUGCACCGUAUCAUUCAGUACAAAUAAGUAAGCCUCCAACUUCUAGCAGCAAAAAAGCCGAUAUUGUGAAAUGGCUGAAUGACAAUAAUAUUGUUGCUGACAUGUCCAUGUUAAAAGUUGAGCUGCUGCAUUUGGUUGCUAUAAAUAAGCCAGCUAGACCAAAAUACGUAUUGGACGAAAUGGCUAAGGAAGACGGACACAAUGUAAUGCGCCUUCCACCCUACCAUUGUCAAUACAAUGCCAUAGAAUUGAUUUGGGCGCAAAUUAAAGGUUAUGCGGCUCGUAAAAAUACCAGCCCACCGUUUACUGCAAACAAAAUGCUGUCAUUGUUGCAAGAAGCUUGUGAUAGUUUUACUGCCGCGAACUGGGAAAUUGUGGUUUUACGAGCAAAAAAUUUGAUUUUCGCUGAUUGGGACAGAGACAUACAUAUCGAUGCCGUCAUAGAUAACCAAAUUAUAAUAAAUACAGGGGAUUCUACAGACGAUGAUGAGGGUGAUGACGACGAUGCCGACCAUGAAAUAUCGAUUUCGGCUAGUGAUGAUGAAUAUGUUCCAUCUUGA